AUGGCGGGAUACCGGCGCCAUGCAGAGGAGUUGUUUCUGUGCCGAGCACAUUUGGCCAACAGGCAACAAAGAAAGAAUUUGCCAGAACGGGAGCACGAAGAGCAGCGAAGCACCGUGUCCUCCAUGUACCGCCUGCCGGCCAGCUGCUCAUGUCCCCGCCUGCAUUUGCCACUUAGCAGGAGGGGCAAAUUCACCCUGAAAGGCGGCAUUUUCCAACGCACUUGCAUCAGCCAGUGCUACAAGCCCCAGGGAGCAGACACCACCCUGGUUGGUGAUAAGGUAAUGGUCUUGGCUAGGUCAGGGCUCUGGCAAGAAGUUGUGAACGUGCCAGCCAGUCACACUUUCCUGAUGCCUGAAGGGAUGAGCUUCGAGGAAGCGGCUGCUCUUCUUGUCAACUACAUCACUGCCUACAUGAUCCUGUUUGACUUUGGAAACCUGAGACCCAACCAGAGUGUCCUCAUCCACAUGGCUGCAGGUGGUGUGGGAACUGCUGCCAUCCAGCUGUGCAAGACUGUAGAAAAUGUCACUAUUUUUGGCACAGCAUCUGCCUCCAAGCAUGAGUCCCUCAAGGAGAGCGGAGUCGCUCACCCCAUUGAUUACAGAACAAUGGAUUAUGCAGAGGAGGUCCGGAAAAUCUCUCCCAAAGGUGUUGACAUUGUCCUGGACCCCCUGGGAGGAUCCGAUACGUCCAAAGCAUUUAACCUGUUGAAGCCGAUGGGCAAACUCAUCACUUAUGGGGUAGCGAACCUGCUCACUGGGCAGAAGAAGAACCUCAUGGCUAUGGCUAAAACCUGGUGGAACCAGUUCAGCAUCAAUGCCUUGCAGCUCCUCCACCAUAACAAGGCUGUGUGUGGCUACCACCUGGGAUAUAUGGAUGAAGAAUCUGAGCUUGUCGGAGGUGUUGUAGCCAAGCUGGUUAACCUCUACAGUCAAGGCAAAAUCAAGCCCAAAAUAGACUCCGUAUGGCCCUUUGAUCAGGUGGCAGAUGCCAUGAGGCAGAUGCAAGAGAAGAAGAAUGUUGGAAAGGUCAUCCUGGUUCCUGAAGCACCUAAGGAAGAAUCCAAAAAAGAAGAGAACUAAGGAGAAGAGAAGAGAUGUGUGCAGAUUGUGAAUUCAUGGUUUAACUCCCUGAUCUUUGGGACCUGGAAAUGGACAGAUCGGUAGCUUCCAUCUUCAAUUCACCAGUACAAGAACAUUGUGGUUAAAGUUCAGAUGAGGUUUGCAUGCUCUCGUUGUGACUGACCCUUUGCC